AUGGGAUCCCGCGAGCAGCCCGCAGCGCUCCUAGAGGACCGCCGCAUCUACCUGGGCAACCCGCUCUACGUCGUCCGUCCGGUCGAGAUCGAGGACACACUGAAGGACAACGACUUUGGCAACUUUGAGAAGAUCGUCAUCUCAGUCGAUCCCGUGAAUGGGAGGAACCCAGGCUACUGCUUCGUCGAUUUUGUCGAGCGUGCCGAUGCUGAACGGGCGUUGUCUUCCCUGUGCGUCGACAUACGCGGUCGCCCAGUCAAGGUCGGGCCCUGUGAGCCGAAGAAGCAACGGCAGAGAGUCUGGGGGAGGGAAGAGGAACCGAAUGAUAAGCGGUGGGGUAAUUGGACAGGCCAGCAGGAGCCUGGUGCUGAAGGGACUGGGGACAGCCCGUACGAGGCGAUGGGCCACUUUGAUAAAGUCGUUGGCACGGAUGGUGACGGCAGGCGGCUGUAUAUUGGCGGGUUGACGAGGAUGAUUGACCAACAACAGGCCCAGGAGGAGAUGCGGGAUAUCCUGGCUGGAUUCAAUCCGACCUUUUACUAA